CACGGGGCCGCCGCUCGCCUCGGGCCCGCGGGGGGUGCGCCGGACCCGGCUUCCUCCGGCGCCUGGCCCGCGCGGCACCGCGCCCCCGGACAAGACGUCGCCUUGAGGGCGGCGCGGAGUAUUCCAGUGUUCGUCAUGCCACCUUAGCAAUCAUAUUUCUGAUGGUGCCAGAGCUUACGCAGUAGUGCCAGGAGGUGCAGUAGAAGUGACAUCCGAGCAUCGCUGGCAGGAGCUCAUCACUGAAUCCACUGAACCUCCCUGCUCCUCUGGGACAAGCAACAGGGAAGUUGUCAGCUUAGACAGAUGGUCACCCAAAUUCUUCUUACAUGUGGCAAACCAUGAUCCUUUGUCACUUGGUCACUCACACAACUUCCAGUGAACGCUUCAAACCAUCGCGGGGUGUGGGUGGAGGUUGCGUUCUAGUAAACCUGCUCCAACUUACGUGUAGGCAAACCUGGAGCUGGCUUUAGCUUUGAACUUACUGAUGAACAGAAAGAAUUUCAAGCUGCUGCUUGUAAAUUUGCUGUGGAGGAAAUUAUUCCUGUUGCUGCACAAUAUGACAAAACUGGAGAGUAUCCCUUUCCACUUAUAAAACGGGCUUGGGAACUUGGUCUUAUGAAUUCACAUGUACCAGAAAGCUGUGGUGGUCUUGGCCUUGGCAGCUUUGAAGCAUGCCUUAUUAUGGAAGAGUUAGCAUACAGAUCUACGGGGGUUCAAACUGCCAUCAAAGCAAAUUCGCUAGGGCAAAUACCAGAAAUCAUUGUGGGAAAUGAGCAUCAGCAGAAAAAAUACUUGGGAAGAAUGACAGAGGAACCAAUGAUGUGUGCUUACUUUGUAACAGAGCCUGGAGCAGGCUCUGAUGUGGCCGGUAUAAAAAGAACAGCUGAGAAGAAAGGAGCUCGCACCAAUCCAGAUCCAAAAGCUCCUGCAAGCAAAGCCUUUACUGGAUUCACUGUGGAAGCGGAUAGCCCUGGAAUCCAAAUUGGAAAAAAGGAAAUGAAUAUGGGUCAACGCUGUUCAGAGACAAGUGGUAUCGUCUUUGAAGAUGUGAGAGUCCGGAAAGAAAAUGUACUAAUAGCUGAGGGAGCUGGCUUUAAAAUCGCAAUGGGAGCUUUUGAUAGGACCAAACCACCCGUAGCAGCUGGUGCUGUUGGAUUAGCAAAAAGAGCACUUGAUGAAGCUACUAGAUACGCUUUGGAGAGAAAAAUCUUUGGGAAAGCAAUUGCUGAACACCAAGCGGUGUCUUUCUCGCUUGCUGCAAUGGCAAUGGAAGUGGAGCUGGCUCGUGUGGCGUACCAGAGGGCUGCCUGGGAAGUGGACGCUGGUCGCAGAAACACCUACUACGCCUCCAUCGCAAAGGCAUUUGCUAGGGACAUUGCAAACCAAGUAGCUACCGAUGCAGUACAGAUUUUUGGAGGGAAUGGAUUUAAUACUGAGUAUCCUGUAGAAAAACUAAUGAAAGACACUAAAAUCUACCAGAUUUACGAGGGAACUGCUCAGAUUCAAAGGAUGAUCAAAGCUCGUGAACAUGUUGGCAAAUUUAAGGCUUAAAGUGUGUCUGGUG